GAUGUAGAGUGGAGGGAAAUCAUGAGGUGGGAAACUUAAAUUUCAUAGCGGUAACUCUCUCUCAGACUUUAUGUGCUGCGUUGAUGCAAAAUUACAUUUUGUAAUAUGGGACUAAUAGAUGAUUGUGAAGAGCAUUUUAAUGAAAGAAACCUUUACAGCAUACUUGGUGUAGAAGAAUCUGUAAAACCAGACCAAAUAAAGAAAGCCUAUCACAAGUGUUCACUGAAGGUGCACCCAGACAGGGUGUGUGAGGAUAAAGAGAGUGCUACCAAGAAAUUCCAAACACUUGGAAAGAUCUAUGCUGUAUUGUCAGAUAAAGGAAAGCGCGCCCUCUAUGAUGAAUCAGGAGAAAUUGAUGAUGAGAUUGAUAUGGAGCAGGACAGGGACUGGAUUGAUUAUUGGCGGUUGCUCUUCCCGAAGCUUACUGUCAACGACAUAGAGAAAUAUGAAGAAACAUAUCGAGGAUCACCAGAAGAGUUAGACGAGCUGAAAUCAGCAUACUUGAAAUUCAGAGGAGACAUGGAACAAAUCCUUAAGAACGUGAUGUGCUGUACAUACACGGACGAGCCAAGGUUCAGAAAGUUGUUACAAGAAUUGAUUGCCAAAGGAGAAUUAGAAGAGUUUGAAAAUUUCACAACAGAGGACAAGCAAAAAGUGAAGAAAAGGAAGAAGAAGGCAAUGGCAGAGGAGAAGGAAGCAGAGAAGGUGAUGAAAGAUCUUAAGGUUAAAAACGGUGAUGAUGCUCUCAUGGCGAUGAUUCAAAAGAGACAGGCGUCACGGCAACAAGGGGCCGACAAUUUCUUUGCUCAGUUGGAAGCGAAGUAUGCUAAACCUAAGAGUAAAGCUGGCGGGAAAAAGAAGAAAAAAUGAUUUGUAACUUAUAUCCUACUUUAAAUAUUUUUUUAUUACCAGUGUUAUAUAAUAUAUUGCAAAGAGAAAAAGA